UGGUCUAGUUGAUGCUGUCAGAUCAGUUGUUCGACAGCCUCAUAUCUCUGUGCUGUGCUGUGACCAUGAAGAGCCGGUAACACGACACUGAGAGAAGAGCACCCUGAGCUGACAGUCAGUCUGAGGAAGGCAUGACAAGCUGUGGAGCCCUGGACAGAUUCAGCGCGAUCCUGUGCUUCAGAUGUCUUGUUUGAGGUAGACUUCUCCCACUGAGAGGAUGCUUGUUCAGGGAUGAGAAGAGCGUUUUCGCAGGUCUCGGUUCCGAACAGAAGUUCUGGCUUUCUUCGGAGGUGUGUGUCGUCUUGUUCAUGCAAUAACCGUGUCAUGGCAGCCUUCAAAGGUGUGUGGACUCAGGAGUUCUGGCGAGCGGUUUCGGGGGAGUUCUUAGCCAUGAUAAUAUUCGUGCUGCUUAGUCUGGGAUCCACCAUCAACUGGACAGCAAAACAGGAGAACCCUCCACCUGCCGACCUCGUCCUCAUCUCUCUCUGCUUCGGCUUAUCCAUAGCAACCCUCGCCCAAUGUUUCGGGCACAUCAGCGGUGCCCACAUCAACCCGGCCGUGACUGCGGCGAUGGUUGCCACACGGAAGCUGAGCCUGGCAAAGGGUGUUUUUUAUUUGGUGGCACAGUGUCUGGGGGCAGUGGUGGGGGCGGCCAUCUUGUACGGAGUGACACCAGCAUCAGUGAGAGGAGGACUGGGAGUGACUUCUGUCAAUACUGAAAUCUCCACUGGUCAUGCCAUUGUGAUAGAGCUCAUAAUCACUUUUGAGCUCGUCUUCACCGUCUUUGCCACCUGUGACCCCAAGCGCAGUGAUCUUAAAGGUUCGGCAGCGCUGGCCAUUGGUCUGUCGGUGUGCAUCGGCCAUCUGUUUGCUAUCCCGUACACUGGAGCCAGCAUGAAUCCAGCUCGCUCUUUUGGUCCUGCGGUCAUCAUGGGAAAAUGGCAGGACCAUUGGGUGUACUGGGUGGGCCCUUUAAUAGGGGGCAUCAUGGCUGCCGCUGUGUACGAAUAUCUAUUCUGUCCCGACCCUGACCUGAAGCGGCGCUAUGCCGAAGUCCUCUCCAAGAGCCCCUUCCAAAUCGACCCGUAUCGGGUAGUGGACACAGAAACGUACCCCAGCAAUCAAGGCCAGCACAUGCCCAAGCAGGAAGUGAUCCGCGUGCUGGAGCUGGAGCGGGCCGAGAAGAAGGAGAGGGAGUCGGCUGGAGAAGUGCUGUCGUCUGUAUGACUAGUGAGAGGCACUGAGGAGGAGCUCAAAGAGACGGAUCUGAUCUAGAGUCGCAGUGUGAAUCUUCUACAGAAUGACUCCCAACACUUGACUUUAAUCAUUAAGAAUGGUCUGACGCUCUUCCCUGUACGCCAGUCACAGCCCAUAGACCUCAUAUCCAAUAGACUCCACUUUGAAGAUUUCAGCCAGUCACUGAACAUCCUUUAGCAGAUGCACCUCAUCAACCGCUGAAUCAAUAACUAAAUGGGAUUCUCACAUCUAAGCAAAUGUAACGGUUUUGUUUGGUCUACGGGUUAUUACCUGGCAAUCAGGGUUGAGAUGAGAUCAUCACCAUAGUAAUGCAGAUCAUUUUCCUCCUCAGUGCACUCUGUGUGAGUUAACCCCUUCUGUCCUCACCCGCUGUCCUGUAUAGAGUAUUUAUAUACUUUAUUUUUUCCUUAAGGUUAUGAAUGUCUUUUGUCUGGAAUCUGUAUAAUUGCAACCCUGCAUGAUUUUUAUUUCAUUUUAACUCUAAAAUGCAUGAUUUUUCCGACACAUGCACACAAAACCCAAACAUAGUGUGUCCUUCCAACUUAUUCUCAUGCUCUUGAGAGCACAUGUAAUCAAUGAGAAUUUGUUUACUAGUGUAGGCCUAAUGUUUUAUAUGGAUUUUUCUUUAAAGGGGUGGUUGAUUAUGAUUUGACUUUUUUAACUUUAGUUAGUGUGUAAUGUUGCUGUUUGAGCAUAAACAACAUCUGCAAAGUUACGACACUCAAAGUUCAAUGCAAAAGGGAGAUAUUUUCUUUUACAGAAAUCACUUUUUAAAUGGCUGUCAGGGACUACAACGAGCUUCUUCCCGGGCUAGUGACAUCACUAACCCUAAAAUUUACAUAAACCCCGCCCCCGAGAACAUGCAACAAAGGGGGCGAGGCCAUGUUGGGCUGCUUUAGAGAAGAGGAAGAGUUUUUGUAGUAGAGUGUUGUUGACAUGUUGUCAUUUUACGCUGGACUGCUUCACAAACGAGGAUCAAUUCAACGCUGGAUUUGCACAAAAGAUUAACAUGACGGCACAUGCUAGUCGAUGAGUUGAAUCAACUCCACAGCAACUACAUAAAUUUAUCCACUAACCAUUCAGAAACAUCUAAAAGUUGUAACUUCUUCCUGAGUCUCUCCAUCAGUGUCGACUCCGGUUUGAACAAUGUAAGGCUGAACACCGUUACUGACAAUCCUCAUUUUGGCUGCGUGAGAAUCUCCAGCUUUGUUGUUGUUGAGCAACCGAAGCGUGAGCUGUUAAAGCUCCGCCCUCUUCUGGAAAGGGGGCGGGGAGCAGCAGCUCAUUUGCAUUUAAAGGGACACACACAAAAACGGCGUGUUUUUGCUCACACCCAAAUAGGGGCAAAUUUGACAAUCUAUAAUAAAUGAUCUGUGGGGUAUUUUGAGCUGAAACUUCACAGACACAUUCUGGGGACACCAGAGACUUAUAUUACAUCUUGUAAAAGGGGCAUUAUAGGUCUCCUUUAAAGUAUUAGUUCACUUUCAAAUGAAAAUUACCCCAAGCUUUACUCACCCUCAAGCCAUCCUAGCCCUCCUUCUGCCAGAUUGCCUUCAUUAUUCAACUUAGGAAAAAAAUGGAACUGGCGUCGUGUCAGUUACACUUUUUUCGUAAGUUGAAUAGGGAAGGCGUAGGACGGAGCGUAAGAUUUUUGAACUGCAAGAGUUUUACACUUUCUUCCUAAGUUGAAUACAGAAGGCGGUCUGGCGGAAGCUAGAUAUUUUACUUCAUAACUUGUUAAAUAUGGAUAUUUUUCUUACACAAACACAUCGCUUCGCUUCAGAAGGCAUUUAUUAACCCCCCGGAGCCGUGUGGAGUACGUUUAUGAUGGAUUGAGGCACUUUCUUCAGCUCAUUCUCGUUGGUCCCGUUUACUGCCAUUAUAAAGCUCAGAUGCGUCAGUAUAUUUAUUAAUAUAUCUCUGAUUGUGUUCAUAUAUAAAGAAUAAAGUCAUAUACACCUAGGAUGGCUUGAGGGUGAGUAAAGCCUGGGCUAAUUUUCAUUUGAAAGUGAACUAAUCCUUUAAGUAUCCAAACAUAUUUUGUUUGAUACAUGUCACAAUCAUGCAUAAUCACAGUCUCGGUUCUUUCAUGUUCAUAUCCAACUUGUAAUUACGUUAUUUAGGCUGAUUAAUUAUUUAACCACGUGUUGGAUCCAUUAAAUUAUUUAUGUAAUCAAGUGAUGUAUAUUAACUGUUCCAUAAUCAUUUCAAAACUGGAAUAUUAUUAUAUUAUAUUAUAUUUUUAAUGAAAAAUAACUGGAAUAUCUUAAAGAAGCCCGUUCCACCCUCAGAGUUACAAAAUAGUAGGCUUCCAUAUUUCCUGUUACAGCAGGCAUUAACAUCUCUGUACCAGCAGAGGGCGCCACAUACUUAAACUGCGUCUUUAACCUGAAACUCCAGUAAUGCUGAUCAGAUUUGUUUAUCUGUUGGCGAUAAGUACCAGAUUUUUUCCGAUAUUGCUCCUCUCUCCUCUUUCAUAAGUCAUUCUCCUUCUGCGGCCUGUUUAACUUUUAUAACACUCCCUUUCUUUCACUUCGUGCUGUCAGAAUGAGUUUGUGUGUUUAUUGUGAUGGAAAACCUGGAAAGGUUGUUUUAAUCAUUUUAAUAUUGUUUGAUUUCAUGGUCUAAAAAAAUCAUAACAUUUAAAAAAAGAAAUAAAAGUUGUGUGAAUUUCUGUUGAAUAUAA